CGACAAAACAUGUCGUUUAUUAAUCACGGUAACUCUAUUAAACAUAAAGAUUAGAUUAGUGUCCCUCUCACCUUGAGACGUUGCUCCCAUACUACCAUUCACGGGUUUGAUUUUUACCCAUGUGAUCAAAUAACCAAGAGCAUAUAAAAGUAUUCCAAAAAUGGAAAGAAGUUAGAAAAAUUGUAUUGCCUAUUUGAUUGAUCCAAAAGAUUGAAUCUCAAAGCUCAAAGCUCAAAGCUCAGAUUAGAUCCCACCCUACAAAACAUAUGUGAUCCGACCCGACAAAUCAUAUGUGGUUAUUAAUCAUGGUAACUUGUUAAACAUAAAAAUUAAAUCAGUGCCCUCCCACUUUGAGAGGUUGCUCCCAUAGUACCUACCAUUCAUGGGUUAGUUUGAUUUUUCACCCAUGUGAUCAACUAAUAUGCUCAUGUGGACAUUAUAUGGUGCAAGGGACCACCUAAUUUUCACCCUACCACUUUGACCGCCUAAUUGAUUGUUACUACAUUUUGUACACCAAAGAGAAACAAUUUUUAAAAGGAAUGAAGUAAUGGAACAACUUCUACCAACUCAAUUAAUAGCAAGUAAUUAUUUAACAUGGAGGGCACAUGGCCACAUGCGCUAUAUGUAAACUUUUUUAACUCAAAAAACUUUUUUGCCAAGCUGUUUCCUCUUAGACUCCACCCCCUACCACUUUGACUAGCCGUCAAAACGUAAUUAUAAUGUGAAGAAGAGUCAACCCAAACCCAAAAUUCCACCAUUCACAUUUCCAAGCAACCAAAUCUGGACAGGUCACUAUUCUUUUUUAACCCUUUAUUUCUUAUCCCCUUCCUAAGAAUCUCACUCAGAAAGAAAGCCCUAACUAAAUUCAAAUUCACCCACCCCUACUUCCUUCUCCCUUCAAACUUCUCCUCUCCCAUAAAGAAUUCAUUUUCUACUCCGUAUGAUCUAAAAGGGGAAAAAAGAUUCAACGCCUAUUAAUUCCAACCCAAACCCAAAAUAAGUAAGUGUUCGCUGCCAUAAAUUUUACCCCAAUAAAUAAUUCCCACCCCAAAAUCGGGGGGAAAAGAGAGCAAAGAUUUAAUCUUUUUAACUUCAAGCUUCUCUUUACCAGAUAUGCUGGAAAGUUCAGUGUUGGUGGACAAUCCCAGCGGCGGAAUCGCUGCCCCCGCUGCUGAGGCGGUGGCUGAGCUGCAGGGCGGAGGCGGCGGAGAAGACGGAGACCGGAGCUCAGGUGGCAACAGAUGGCCGCAUGAAGAAACGCUGGCUUUGCUCAAGAUCCGUUCAGAAAUGGACCUUGCAUUUCGUGAUUCUACUCUCAAAGCCCCUCUCUGGGAACAAGUUUCAAGAAAAAUGGAGGAGUCAGGGUACAAGAGAAGUGCCAAGAAGUGCAAAGAGAAAUUUGAGAACAUUUACAAGUACCACAAGAGAACAAAGGAAGGCAGGUCCGGUCGCCAGAAUGGGAAAAAACUACAGAUUCUUUGAUCAACUAGAGGUUCUAGACAACCUGCAGUCCAACAAAACCUACUCGGACGAUUCUAAGGACCCAACAGAAUUGGGGUCUCCAACGCCCAUGGCAAUGGUAAGGCCAAACACCAACAUUGUUCAAGAUUUUAGGACACAUCAUCAUCUCAUCAGCCAAACAAAACACAACCUCACCAGCGCUGAUGUCAUUUCAGCCUCCACGUCCACGACCUAUUCCUCUGGGAAAGAGUCUGGAAGUUGUGUUUCGAGGAAGAGACAAAUGGCCGGUUUCUUCGAGAAGCUGAUGACAGAAGUGCUAGAAAAGCAAGAAAAUUUGCAGAAGAAGUUUCUCGAAGCAUUGGAGAGAUGUGAGAGGGACCGCAUGGCGAGAGAAGAAGCAUGGAAGAGAGAAGAGACCGAGAGAAUGAAGAGAGAACAAGAGUUCUUAGCACAGGAGAGAGCCAUUUCAGAGGCAAAAGAUGCAGCCUUGAUAGCAUUUCUUCAGAAAAUCGCCAAGCAACCGAUCCCUGUGAACUCAAUCACGCCCUUAGAGAAAGAUCAGGAAAUUCAAGAAGGGAACGACGAGGAAGAAAUAAAUAUUAAUAACGAGCAAAAAGAGAAUGGCUCCGGCGAGAGGACUUAUGCUAGAUGGCCUAAAGCGGAAAUCGAAGCAUUGAUUAGAUUCCGGACAAAGCUUGACAUGCAGUACAACGAAAAUGGGUCAAAGGGCCCUUUAUGGGAAGACAUAUCAUCUGAAAUGAAGAAGCUUGGGUAUGACAGGAACGCCAAACGGUGUAAAGAAAAAUGGGAGAACAUAAACAAGUACUACCGAAAGGUGAAAGAAAGCAACAAGAGGAGGCCCGGAGAUUCCAAAACUUGUCCCUACUUCCACAUACUUGAUUCUCUUUACCAAAACAAGUCCAAGAGGGUUGUUGAACUUAGUUCAACGACUCCCGAUAAUCCUCAUGAUUUCAAUAUGAAGGCAGGAGAGAUGUUGAUGCACAUAAUUAACCAAAAUCAAAAUCAAUAUCGGGAAAAACAAGAUGUCAGAAGAACAACAAAUGGGUUCCAAAGUCAAGAGAAUGAUGAAGAGGGUCAAAGUGAAGACGGAUUUCACAUUGGAACCACCCGCCCGUGAAAAGAGACGAGAGUGGAAGUGAAGGUAAUAAUAAAAAUUCCAAUAGGAAUUAAUUAUGGGGUCACUCUAAAUUAUGCUGUGCACACACACACACCCAAUAGGUGAUACUAAAUUAUUCAAUCAUACCAUACAUUGUUUGGAAAAUAGUGAUACAGAUUACAUAGCAGGUGUACUGUGUAAAAAAACAAGGUGCAUCUUACUUAAUUUGGUUGCCCCACAUCUCACAUUUAAAGUUUAAAUUGGUCAGUUCUGUUUGUUUGUAGUUUGUACCUAAUGUAUACCUAAAUGUCAUUGAUUGCUGUUUUUUAUAUUAUUAAUUAAUGUACUCAAAAGGCAUCCAAAUGUGAAAUUUUAC